AUGGUGGCACGCGAAACUACACCGAGUGUGGUCGGCCGUGAGAGCACCGCACUGAAUGUAGGUAAUGACAUUGUUGGCGAUUCGCCAUAUAGUGUGGGCGGCCGUGAAGGCACCACGCUCAACGUCGGUAAUGGCGUUGUUGGCGAUUCGCCAUAUAGUGUGGGCGGCCGUGAGGGCACCACACCUAAUGUCAGUAAUGAUUUUGUUGGCGAUACGCCGUAUAGUGUGGACGGCCGUGAGGGCACCACGCUUAACGCCGGUAAUGGCGCUGUUGGCGAUACGCCGUACAGUGUGGACGGACGUGAGGGCACCACACCUAAUGUCGGUAAUGACAUUAUUGGCGAGACGCCUUUAUAUUUGGGGCUAGGCCGUACAAUACACGUGGAGUGGCACGUUUGA